AUGUUAAGAGUCACCAAACUCCGAGAGGUGACUCGUAAUGACUUAUUUCCUUCAGCUGACAUGAUUGUGUCUAUAAGCCGAGAGUUUGGAGUGCCGCUGACUGCAGAGGAUUUCGGAGGUAGGUGACUUGUAGAUCUCGAGCAGUAGUUUUGCAUUUCUAAUGGCGUUUACAGAAGUCGAUGAGGAGCAAAUAGGGCUGCUGCACUUCUCACGGCUUUUCAGUCACCUUGCAAAAGCAAAAGAAAGGAAGUGAAAAACACGCUUAAGCUUGGCUUUCUUGGAAGUAAUUUUCUUUUUUCACAGUUUCUCAGAGUUGUGAUUUAAGUUAUUAUCAUGGUCAAACAGGGUUUAUUCUAGAGCGCGGCCUUGCGGGAUUUCCGCAAUUUGAAACAAAAUGCCGCAUAAAAUUUUCCUUGCCGCGUUAAAUGAGGCGCCAAAAAAAAGACCCAAGGAUAAGCACUAUUUUUUUUUAAGUAUUAGAAAGCAUCACUGACAACAACACUGAUUUGAUGGCCGCUCUAUAAAUUUACUUUGAACUUCUAUAGCCUCCUACUGUAUCAAUUGUCUUUCUCCUCUUUGUUAGAGUCAUUAUUUCAAAAGACAAACAUCCGCGAUUCUGCAGUAAUUCGAGCCCAGGCUUUUUCAGUUGCCCAGAAUGUUCCAAAAUGGCGGCAAAGAGUCAAUAAACCUUCGUGCCCUUUCUUAAAAAAGGGCCCCCUAAAAUUACAGAAGGGGACCCAUUUGACCCUCAUUGGCCAAUUUCUAUAAUAAACCCUGGUUAAAGACACAUGUAAGCAUGUCUCUACUUAAAGAUUUGUGGUCAUACCUUGAUAACAUCAUGUGUAACUCUUCUAAGGAGCAUGUGUGUUUAUAAAACCUCCACUUGGAAGAAUUAUGUAAUCAUUCAUAGAAGAUGGGCUGCCAAUGAUGACCUCCAGCGCAUAAAACACUUACAAGUCGCUCUCGUUUCUAGUUCUCGUUAUAUUGUUGGAAACAGAAACCGCAAAGUGUAAUGGGAAGGAUAAAAAUAAGAAGCGUCUAACAACCUCCUCAAAAGCAAUCUUUCCUUUCAACGCCUAGCCUAAGGACUGCAGACGUAUUUUCGGUCGUCGCUUCUCUCCCUCCGACGACCGGAAAUACGUUUGCAGUUCGCAGGCUAUUCAACGCCAGGUGCCACGGCCGGUGGCCGACACACGGCGUGUAACACCAAAGAUGGAGGCCUGGGAACGUGUGGGCACGAAAGAUCUCAUUUAAACUGCUCUUGUUCUAAUUUUCCUUGCUAUACGACCUUGUUACUCACUUUAUUAUUUUGCAUCCUGCUUUCCAGAUUUCAUCUCUCUCUGCUUUUCUCCGUCCUUCUUGGGCUGCGAAGAGGUCUUUCAUCUUCAGAGUGACAGAGUUGCGCGGUCAUCACUUAAAGUCUCUGAUUUCUACUUAAAAAUAUUUAGAACUACACUCAACGAACCUGUUAAGGUCUGAAGUGGCUCAUUCUGUACUUUUCCUGUACACUUUUGCAAGUAACCCUCCGUAUAGUUCUUCUGUUUCCCUGUGCUGCAUGAUGCCGAUGUGUGGUGGUGUCUUUUCCUUCUUAAUCUUCCUGAAAUAUUUUUCAGGACAUUUCCAACGGCCUGCGCACCUUGCUAAAAUCUAUUUGUCCUUGCCGUUGUAUCCUUUUCCCACUUCGCUGCUGACACCGACAAAUUAUUUCACUUACUUGAGUUCUCAGUAUUUUGGCGUGAGCUCUCCUUGUGUUGCUGAGAUUUCUUGGUUGGUUUUGCUGUGAGCUCUCGUUGUGUUGCCGUAUUAACCCAUUCGCUCCUGGAGAUUUUGCCGAAAAACGUGUUUUGAAGCUAGUCGAGUGGUUUUCUGGUCACUGUUUUGCUAUAAAGAGCUAAAACUAACCACAAACCGGUUUACAGGCCGUACACUUGGCGGCCUCCUGAUCCAGAUGCAAAACAUCAGCUUGCGAAGUUCGGGCAUGCGCAGAAAGCAAAAUUUCGAGGCAGUCUUGACUUUUACUUUUCGCUUUUUCUCCUCCCUUCUUUUUUCGCUUUUCUUGCCUCAUUUUUUUUUUCUCUUGCUGGGCAUUUAGUAGGCUUCAUUUUGGUGGGAAGAGUAUUUAGGAAAGCUUUUAGGAUCUUAGGAUUAGGUGAAAGGAAAGGUAGGUGGGCAAUGGAACAAGAUUUUCAUGGAGAUUUUCAGGUCAAUGUCACGUGGUUUUUUGCUUCUUUCUCCGGUGUCCUUGACUGAAUUGUGCUUAUUCUGGUAUGGUUUGAAAGAUCUCUUCACUCUACACAAGUUAGCGAAGAAAGUUGUCCUUGACCGUUAAAACUGAUGACGUCACAAAGGGGAGGACCUGGAUCCGCACGGGCGGUUCAGGGGCGAAUGGGUUAAAGUUCAGAGUGUUUUGCUUUGAGUUAUUUUUGUGUUUUCGUGAUUUUUCGGUGUUUUUUCGUGAUUACUAGUUGCGUUUCCGUGAGUUCUCAAUAUUUUGCCGCGAGCUCUCGUUGUGUCGCUGUGAUUUCUUGGUUGGUUUUGCUGUGAGCUCUUAUAGUGUUUCCCUUUGAGUUGACUUUUUGUUUUCGUGAGUUUUCGGUGUUUUUCGUGAUUACUCGUUGCGUUUCCGUGAUUUCUCGGUAUAUUGCCGUGAGCUCUCGUUCUAUCUCGCUCUGUUCAUGAUUUUCCGUGAAUUGUGGUUGUGCUAUAUACAGUAUAUUUAAAUGUGCUUGUAUAAGCCACCGUACCAUACCAUUUCAAAACUGUUUAAACAGUAUAAUAGAGCUUUGACAAAUAUCGCUCUUUUUUGCCGUCUAGAACUAGAGUCCAGUAAUGGAUCCGAAAUGGAAGAGGCUGGUACAGGCAACGGGCUAGAGGACCCUAGACCCAAGACAACUCGGUCGUGGACACCCUUGUCCCUUUACAACACUGAUUAUGUUGCACUUCUUAAGGAAAGAGAGGGUCAACUGGUUAAACAUGACUUCGUCAAAGAGAAUAUUGUAAGUAAAACAAAUAUUUAAUAUUGCUGAUGAAAAAGAUUUUUAUUGGUACGUUUGUUGAUUUACCAGGCGUAGUUGACGAGCUGGGACUGGGGAGAGAGAAGGCGGAUGGUGGUGUAUCUGAACAAGGAAUAGACCUUAUUCACGAUACGCGCCAUCUUUGCACGCGCUUUAGAAUUGAUGGGAUAAAAGCAAUGUCACGUGGUAUGUCAGGUGGCAAACAAAAGAUAAAAUUUGCAAAUGCGAGAAAUCGCGAUCGACUUUGAUUAUUCUCUUAAAACGAAACGACGAUUAAAUAGGCAUGCACAAUGUACGGUUUGCGCUUCGACAAAAUUGACGUCGUUAUUGCUUGCUGUAAGGACAUCUACAGUCGCUACUGCAUCCAAACAAGUAAAACUGAUCACUCUCGACCAUAAUUUGCCAUUAUCGUCUUUAAUAUAAAAAGUUGUUCAUUUUCUGUUUUCAAGAAUAAACAAACUCGUCCGCUAUUUCUAGUAUUGGAAAAAUUUAUCACAUGUUUGCCCCCGGAGAAACCACGUGACAUCGCUUUUAUCCCAUCAGUCCUCAAGCGCGUGCCUCCUUCCCCAGAUACCGCGCGUCUUAUUUUCGCUAAGCUUGUUUUCGCGUGGUCUUUACUAUCUGAGCGCCUGGUACAUUCUACAAUAUUUGAACUUGCGUUUGAUUCUGUUAAGUCUGGUAUUGCGGAUUUAAUGAGCUAUCUUGUCAAAUUCGUUUUACUUUAGAUGAGGACUCGUACAACAGAACCUAAAAGAAGACCGCACACUAUUGCUGUAGACAUGACUGAUCUCCAUCAAUACAUUGCGCAUAACUACAGCAUACAGACCCUGAACUCUACUGAACUGGCCAAAGAAAAGCUAAGAGAAGUCCUAGCCAGGGUAUGUAAUUAAUUGACACCCGUUGUGCGCUACCCUUCCAUCACCAUAUGUUGCUUGGUUAUCUGUUCUUGGCGCCGGUUGAUUGUUCCCGCGUUUUUCUCCUGUCUUCCGAUCAUUACCACCUUUUUCUUGAUUACCUUUGUCGUCAUCCAUAUGUCUGUACUUAAAUAAGUCAUGGGCAACGACCAAUCACAGCGCGCGUAAUAUUCACCACAUUGUAUAGAAACUUGUGCCCGCACUCGAAAAACCAGUUUUACGAGAGAAAACAAGUUUGACUAGCUCAGGAGUUCGGGCUGUGGCCACUUCGGCUCGUAAGGUGUAAACUUAACAUCGUCGCUUGAAUAAGCUAAUUUUACUUAUUCCUUCGUAGGAGAAAGAUAGACGUUUUACCUACUGCCCUUUAUACAACUCUGCUACAGUUCUCCCCGUUCACCCACAGACUGUAAAGAAACGAGAACUUACAGAUUCCAAAGCACUCUGGAGAACUAAUAAAGGAUUUAUAUUCCCUGGAAAAAAGACCUCGAUGGUCUCAAACGUACACCCUAAGAAACCUGACUCAGCUCGGGGGGACGAACUUAAUAAGGUACGAGAAUUGUCCGCUACCUGGACCACAAUUUACCCAGCAGGCCUAAUGGUAGUAAUAGUGAGUUUACACAACAGGACGGCAAAACGCUUGUGUGUGACAAACGUGACAUGGUUAUUACUUGCGCGUUUCGUUAUGAUCUUUACUUCCCAUUAAUGCUUUCUGGUCUUUUACAAUAGGAUCUGUUAAAAAGAGGGUGAAGUUUGGCGGAAAGUUUUUUAAAAUAAAAUUAUUGUCACGCUUGUCACACAAGGUUUGUCGUCUUCUUCCUCUCCCGUUCUGUUUCGUAAGUUCACUAAUAUAUCUCAAGAGUUCCAAUAAACUCGAAGAUUUUGGGGAGUCCUUGCCUUUUUACACUUUCUUUUGAUGUGGAAUAAGUUAUGAGUGUUAACAAAUUAAUAUGCUGGCACUGUCUCGCCUUUACAAAAGAAAAAGCUAACUUAAAACUACAGCAACGUUUUGAUGAAUGCAUUAUCAGGUUAAGAAGCCCGCAUUUGGUGAGCGGUGAAGCGCUUAUUUCAAACCUUGAUGUACACUGGCAUUUAUGGCCUGGUGGUGGGAUGAAAGGAGGGGACCUCAAUGGUAGUCUUUAUACUAGAGCCUAAAUAAGCUAAGAAAUAUUUCAAGAGAAGUAAAUUGUAAAUUCUUCAAGUAAAAGAACAGGGGCACCCAACGUCAAUUUUCGGAAAAUAUCUGUUCGGAAGACGAUUUGAGAUCUAGAAUUUUCGGAACAUUUGUUGUAAAAUUUCUUGCUUGCCUGCCUCUCCUAGGAUUUUCGAACUUCUAAAACAUGGUAUAAUUGCCCAUUUUAACGGAUUUUUACCCCUAAAAAGGUCACCUAAAAUUUUCGGGAGGCUUUUUUUUCUUGCUGAAAUUUUCGAAAAGGUAAGUUUUGAUCCCUAUAAUUUUCGGAUCACUAGACUUUCAGCUAGGAAAUCCGAACAGAUGAAAAAUUUUAGGGGAUAAAAAUAUGCCUAUAUCUACCGUUUAAAUACUAAAAUACGUUUAAUAACGCUAUGCUUAAGUUGUUUGAACUAUAUUCUCGUUGAGUGCCCCUGAAAGAAAGCUUCAACACUCAAGCUAUCUAUUUUACAUCAGGUUUACUUAAGCCUAGUUUCCCACACAAAAUAAUUAAGAUUGAUUGACAUGCUUCGCCUUUCUCAAAGCUUAGAAACGCAAGUUCGCUAAGUCGGUUUUAAGGAUGGUUUUCAAGUCACUUGAAACUUUCUUGAAUCGUUUCAACUUUCCGACUUUAAUGGGAUGCAAAGUAAGGUUACUUGUCGGAAUGAGAUUUUAGUUAGGCCUUCACACGUAUUUUUUGGUUAAGUAAAACUUAGCAACUCUUAAGUCUUACUUAACAGCCUAGUGUAAAGACAACCAAUGAUAGUAUUACAAGUUAAAAUUUAAAUUUAAAUUUCGAGAACGGUUUAACGGAUGAUAGGAUUAACAUGUCUUUUCCUCUCUUUUCUUCUCAGCCAUGGAAAGAAAAUAUUUUGCACGCCAACAUUUUGAAGCCUACAGUAGACAGGUAAGUACACGAGUUAUGUAGUUAAAGCUUCUUUCACUGCUAGGAGUGCAAUCUUUGCUCCUCUGAUUUGCUGUGAGAAAUUUGUACUCGAUGUUGACCGCCCAGAUUUUUGGACACUUUAGCCCCAGUCACCGACAUACCAACAGCCUUCUUUGGGACUUCACUUUCCGGGACCAUCAUGUAGCACGAUUCCCGAUUGCAAAAUAUUAAGCGUUUUUACUGGUACCCCCCCCCCCCCCCUUAAAAAAGCGUAACUCCCACAAAUCUAGUUACAACAUGGCGACCCUUGACGUCAUGAGAAAAUAUCCCAUCUGGUUAUCUUAUUUCCUAAUUUGAGCUUGCACGUGGUUUGCAUGUAGCUUGCAGUCGUUUUGUAUUUUUCUUGCAUGUGGCAUGCAUGCUUUUGGCGGGACUUGAUGGAGAUGUCAAAGGUUAAACGUCUUUGAAGGCAAAAGUCUGAGACUUUAUUUUCUUCACCCUGCAGGGAAAACUUUCCAUGGGAGUAUCGUGACAGUGAUCUGAAUUUACUCUCUGUUCCACCUCCCUUCUUCGACAAGAACCCAGUGCUCUCUGUUCACGCGGCAGGCGACACAAAAGAGCAGGAACAGAGUGACGCAGCAUUGGCAUUUACGCGUCAGUGGCGGGAAAAAAUUGUGGUAGACGACAUUGUCUUUCGCACGCAUCGUUGUUUACCAGAAACUGAACUCGAGGACCGCGGUCCUAGGGCCUCUAACCAGCUUUCAAAGCUGGAAGGACUUCUUAAAAACUCUCCGAAAAAGUUAUCGCUGUCGCGAGCAGGACUUACGCUAGAGGAAAUUCCCUCACUUGGAGUCGUUGCAAACCCCAACGUUGAUACGCCAGCAAGAAAAACUGGGAGGUUAGAGCCGAUAAGGAGGAAAUGCACUGAAGAAGAGAAGCGAGGAUUUUACCCGGGACCUUUUGAAAAGGAGGGCUGGUUACUGGAGAGGAAUAAGGUGCCUAUAGCGGAUCAGGAACAUGAGAAGUUUAAGAGCCUAAAGGGCCAUGAUUUUAGGUAUGUUGGUCGAAGCUGUCAAUAACUAGUGACUAGUAUGCAAAAAGGAGUGGGGGUGGGGGAGGGGGGGGGGAGGACUAAACCAAGCCCCGGUUGUUCAAGGGAUGGAUAGCAAAAUGGAAAGGAUAAAUCGCUAUGCUGUGGAUAAGUAACUCUCGCCUUGCGAACACCCCGCUAUAACAGACACCCCGAUAACACGGACAGCAGAUAAAUCCCAGGGAAGAAUAUGUUAGAGAUGUUUGACCGAGAUAAACCCCCUCUAUUACUGACUCUUGCUAAUGAGGACACUAACUCAAGGUGUUUACAGUGUCCUCUAUAAAGGGAGUUGACUAUAUUUGAUUAUUAUUUGAGUGUUGUGCCUGUAAACUGUCUGGUAAUGUAAGAGCACAUCCACAAUAAACAAACCUUUUCCUGACUGUCUGCCAGGCCGGGACAAGCGAAGUUGCCGUUAGUAAAAAUUCGACCGUAUUCUAUCCUGUCUUGUCACCGGAACAAAUGAUACUUAGCAAAGAACUCAAGCUAAGCUUCACAAUAUUCUUGAGAAUAACUUUGGUUAUCAAUUGUUCUCCAACAGGUUGUACUAUAAAGACAAAGACAUUGUUUGCCGUCGACCUAUUGAACCGUUAACAGAGGAAGAGAGGAACAAUCAUCUUUUUCCUGUGGUGGACAUUUGCAGCUAA